CAUGGCAACUGUAAAGCGUGUGAUUACAAAAACAAGUGCUUGACCCAUCGUCAGCGAGAAGCGGAGGUUCUUCAUUCGACAUCUACGGCGCCAUCUUAUUGCUUUGAGCGAGGUAGACCGAGACAAAUAGACAAGGUUGUCAUCAUCAUUGGUAAUUAUGAGCGGAGCUAAAGCUCGCAUCGACCCGCCUGUUGCUGCUGAGAAUGUCUCGAUCACUGGGCACAGUUCCGCGGCUGCUGCGCGGGAGCGCAAGCCAGGUGGAGAGGUUCUGAAGAGACUCAAGUCUCGGCAAAGCCAGGUGGAUAGUAGGCCCGUCACAGAAGAUGAUCUUCGAACACAAGUUGGCCACAUCACCCCUGAAGAGGUCCUACGAUUGCCGGUUGCUACUCGGGGGUACCUGUGUAAACCAGAGGACAACAUCUUCGACAUAGAUUUUAUCCGCUUUAAAAUCAGAGACUUGGAGACAGGGACUGUGUUGUUUGAAAUUGCCAAACCACCUCAUACGGAGGAAGAUGAGGAGAAUGGAGAGGGAGACAUGAGUGCCGGGCGUUUUGUAUGCUACCAGUUCACCACUGCAUUCCUACGACUGAGGACUGUGGGAGCCACGGUGGAGUUUACGGUUGGUGACCGCCCUCUGAACAGCUUCAGGAUGAUUGAAAGGCACUACUUCAGGGAUCACCUCCUGAAGAGCUUUGACUUUGACUUCGGCUUCUGUAUCCCCAACAGCCGCAACACCUGUGAACACAUCUACGAGUUCCCUCAGCUGUCUGAGAGCUUGGUUCAUCAGAUGGUGGAGCAUCCCUACGAGACGAAGUCGGACAGCUUCUACUUCGUAGACAACAGACUGGUCAUGCACAACAAGGCAGACUACUCUUAUAGCGGGGGCAGGCGUUGAGUGUGUUAUGUGCCUGUGUGUGUGCGUGUGUGUAUGUUUGUGUGUGUGCUGUGCCAAAGCGUUUACUCACACAAACAGACUCUCACCCAAGUGUUGAGUACUGUAAGUUUAACAAACUCUAUUGUCAUGGAAUAGCUGUAUGGGCUAGCAUGGAAAAGUUUAAGAACAGCAAGACAGAUCCACAUUAGGGCCAUAUAGACUGCUGGCAGUGGUAUGGCAACAUUCUGCCAUAUAGACUACUGGCAGUAGUAUGGCAACAUUCUGCCAUAUAGACUGCUGGCAGUGGUAUGGCAACAUUCUGCCAUAUAGACUACUGGCAGUAGUAUGGCAACAUUCUGCCAUAUAGACUACUGGCAGUGGUAUGGCAACAUUCUGCCAUAUAGACUACUGGCAGUAGUAUGGCAACAUUCUGCCAUAUAGACUGCUGGCAGUGGUAUGGCAACAUUCUGCCAUAUAGACUGCUGACAGUGGUAUGGCAACAUUCUGCCAUAUAGACUACUGGCAGUAGUAUGGCAACAUUCUGCCAUAUAGACUACUGGCAGUAGUAUGGCAACAUUCUGCCAUAUAGACUACUGGCAGUUGUAUGGCAACAUUCUGCCAUAUAGACUACUGGCAGUUGUAUGGCAACAUUCUGCCAUAUAGUGCUUUGUCUUUCUCCCACCAAAAAUGAAAUGUGUCUCAGCUAACCAAGUGAUUUAUGUUAGUGUGUAAAAGGACAGUUAAUGUACUGUCAUACUCAUGAAGGACCAGACAAUGCCCACAUACAUACAGACAGGCAGACUGACAGGCAAAUAGGCUGACAGACGUAGAAACAAUCUCCCUCACUCCCUCCUUCCCUCUCCCUCUCUCUCUAUUUCUCUCUCUGUCGUUACCUGCUGUGCCCACCCGCCACUCUAGAUGUAUUAAUAAGAGAGGAAGGGGGAAGACACACACAAACCCACUCACACACACACUCACUGUCAAACACACAUGCCAGCUCACUCACAUACAGUGCCUAGUGAAAGUCUACACACCACUUGCUUGUCCCCGGCAGGGACUGGUGAGUUUGUCAGGAUCAAAAUAAAUAUGAAACAAGCAAAUUCAAGGUAAAAAGUUAGAGGAAAACCUGCCUCAGUCUUCUGAAUACCCUGGUGUCAUGACGGUCUGAUAGAGUUUAUUUUACAGCGAGACAAUUACACCAAUGUUAAUGCCAAAGACACACCAGAAUGGCUUUCAAAGUGGUGUUGAGUGUUUCUGAAUGGUCCAGUCUCAGUCCUGACUUAAAUCUGCUUGAAAAUCAGAGACAAUGUUUGAAUAUUGCUGUCCAUCAAUGAUUCCCUACCAAAUGUACUGAGCUUGAGCAAUUUUGACAAAAACAAUGGAUAUAUGUUGCCCUAAGAGUUGUGCAUAGUUGGUAGAAUCUUAUUCAAAAUUAUUGACAGCUGUAAUUGCUGCCAAAGUUGCUUCCACCAAAUAUGAACUAUGGGGUCUGAAGACAUCUUCAUUUUUAAUUUAAAAAGUUCUAUACUUUUUCUUUCACUUUGAAAAUGUGGAGCUUGUUGUGUAUAUCAGUAGGAAAUAAAAACUAAAUGUAAUCUCUUUUUGAAAUAUUUCAUUUGAAGGCAGAAAAUGUGACAACUGUGCAAGGGGUGUAUAGAUUUUCACUAUUUUCACUAGGCAAGGACUUUCACUACACCCCCUCCCAGAGAGACCUACUGUAGCAUGUCACCUGAAUGUACUUGCAUUCAAAUUCAACUUUAUUUAUAGUGCAUCUAAACAUGCAGGUCCAAUAACAUACUUCACAAACAAGUUGAUCAGAGGAAGGACUCUUACGUUUACAGUCAAAUCGGAUUCAGAACGAAAUAAUCUAAAGCAGUAACAGACAGGUAUUGCAACUACAACAUUUCUGUACAUAAUUUAUCCUUUAUUUUUGGUGUCCUUCAGUGAUUUGACAGGCACUUAUAAAUAGAACGUAGUAUUAUAUUUUUAUUUAUACAAACUGAAAAGACAGCCCUGGUCAGAAAAUUGUCAACAAUUAUAUAUGUGGUCAUCUAGGAUACAGUUCUUUACACAACUCUUGAUUGUAUUAAUAUGGCAGGUUCACACUUUUAUUACCAUGUUUUAUCAUGUUAUAAAGUAAAAAGUUGUAGUGUUUUUGAUUGUUUCCUCAAGAAACACCAAAACUGCAUGAGGCAUCAAAAUGUGUGAAAUAUAUAUGGAUUUUAGGGAAAUUGGUGAUAGAUCUUUGUUAGAGAUAGCUAGAAAUCAAAUAGUGUAUCCUUUUGUGUUUUGUAAACUACUGGUGUCCAGGGUUAAGUGAAUACUGGUAUAAAAAAAUGUAUCCAAAAUAAACAUGUGAAUUUUCAAA